AACGAGGACAUGUGAGGCCUUUAAAGUGACUGGAGAGCAAGGCUAUUACUAUUUACAGUAUGUACUGCUUGCCUUGUAAAUUUACAUCAAAACGCCCAAAUUUAUCUUUCUGUCUGGCACCAGAAGCUGCUGCUGCUGUCUCUGCCGCUGCCGCUGUCUUGAGUAAAGACACAAAAAGCACCUUCUUCGUCUACAGAUUUGCCAUCUUGGUCGUUGCGCUGCGUCGAGGUUACGUAAAUGUUCUAGAAAGGCCAAUGUAACCAGUCAAGUCGUCUCUCCGGAGAUUCUCUGGCCCGCGUCUUCCACCCCUAACCCCCCAAAAAAGCCAAAGGUCGCCGCCAAGCCACUAAAGGAGAUAUCGCAACCCUGGGUGAAAUGGCGGAUACUACUCGGGGACGCCCGCCCAUGCUUAGGACAGUGGCAGUGCAUUGCUUAAGCGGCUCAUGGUAAAAACUAGCUGCCUUGAACUAGCUGGACGCAUCGAUCGCGAACCGUCGGCACCUCGCCUGUAUCGUGUGUGUGUUUUUUUGUCCUUCCUCAAGGCGUCGGCUACUUAGCGACCAACGGCGACAGCGAUGCGACGACGACCCUGCUUUCCGUUUGACCUUUUGCAAUGCACGUAGCUAAUCCCGAGCCGUUAUAUUUUCGUAUAGUUUAACAUGGCCAUGUUAGCGGCCCACUAUAUUACCUACCUUGAAGCUUGUGCUGGAGCAGAGUCUGACGUGAGGUGCAGCGCCAAGGCGGGGGCAUUGUACUAAGGCUGACUAGAAAAUAUGGAUAACCUUUCGAUUAGGUUGGGUAGACGACCGCAUUUGAGUGGCCAGUGGCACGGCGGAAACGAUCUUCGGAAAGGAACGCCCUUGGUUGCUCAUGCACGCCACCGCCCACCAUCACACCACCACUAGCCAAGCCACGCCAACCUCCAUCCACCAAACUACUGUACUAAGUGCCUGUAGGAUGAUGGAUUGCCACUGGCCGCUGCUACUGCAAUCCCCAAAACCCUUGGCGGAAUCGUGGGAACAAGGGGGGAGGGGGGCUUAUCUGCGAUCACUAGGCAGGCUUGUUCGGCCCGUCUUGGCUUCUUGGGGGAUCAUCCCACAACACCUGGAGCAGAUGAGUAUCAUCAAGGUAACCCAUCUAGCCAUGCUCACGUUGCGAAGGGGGGAACUUCUGCUGCGUUGGAGACGGGAAGAAAUUGAAACGAGGGACAUGUUGAUCUCUCACACCAUAUACUCAUCCUGCUAUCAUUCUUCAUGUUUCGAGUCGUGUCGUGCAGCCGCGUGUCCUGUAAGAAAAAAGGCAAAAAUUCCAAUACACACCAGGGCCCUCCAUACCGUUCCCCCCAAUCCAGUGCCCGAUAUGAGUCAGAUUGCUGACUUCCAUGGUUCCUUACCCACUGCCAAGGGCUUAGGCUCUGCAGCUGGGAGGCACUAUCGCGCCGGCCAUGAACCAUGGGUUGCCUGGCUUAUCCACCCGGUAAGCAUGCAAGUCGCACUGAUACACCACGGGGUAAGAUGAGCCGCCUCCAUGCGGCUGCUCAAAGUCUGCUGCCUCUUCAACGUAUAUCAACGUUGACAUUCCCGCCUCCCCUGUGACAGAUUUCCUAUUCUGCUUUUUUCCCUAUUCCAUAAUCCUUCGAUCCAUAAUCAUCCCUGCCUCUUCUCUUUCAGCCUCAUCCAACACUCACUGUUGCUGUUUGCUGUCUCUCUCACCCUGCUAACAACAACCUCUUCUCACUACUCACUCAUACACACACACAUCUCACACAAUGGCUGAUUUCCGUGGUCCCCGAAUUGCCAUGGUUGGUGUUGGCAAGGUUGGUGCCGCCGCUACCUACUCCAUCAUCCACAAGCAGAUUGCCAGCGAAGUCCUCAUCUACGACAUCAACGCCGACUACCUCGACGCCCAGGUUCAGGAUCUCCGCGACUCUACCAGCUUCGGCAUCUCCCCCCGUGUUCGUGCCGCCACCUUGAAGGAGUGUGGUCAGUGCGAUGUCAUUGUCUUCACUGCUGGUACCAACCAGAAGCCCGGCGAGUCCAGACUUGCCCUUGUCCAGCGCAACAUUGGUGUCAUCCGUGAUGGCUUCGAGCAGAUGAAGCCCUUCAAGGAGGAUGCCAUCAUCGUCGUCGUCACCAACCCCGUCGAUGUCAUGACCUACUUUGCCGUCCAGUACUCUGGCCUCCCCGCCAACCAGGUCUUUGGCAGCGGUACUGUCCUCGACACCACCCGUCUCAAGGACACUAUUGCCCAGCGCGCCGAGGUUGCUCCCCGCGACGUCCACGCCUACAUUGUCGGCGAGCACGGCGACUCCCAGACCAUUGCCUGGUCCAACAUGGCUAUUGGCGGCAUCCCCGUCGACCAGGUCAUGCCCCUUAACGACGAGGAGCGCAGCGAGAUUGCCGAGUUCAUCCGCUUCAAGGCUGACCGCCUCAACAAGGUCAAGGGCGAGACCUCGUGGGGUGUCGGCGCCUGCAUCUCCAACAUUUGCACAUCCGUUCUCCUCGACGAGCGCCACAUCCUCCCCAUCAGCCACAUCAGCGAGGAGAAGGGCAUCUCCUACAACCGCCCUGCUCUCGUCGGCCGCCGCGGCAUCAUCCGAUCCUUCGACCUCAUCCUCAACGAGACUGAGCAGGCCUCUCUCGACAAGUCCAUCGCCAAGCUCCAGGGCGUUGUCCGCACCACCGAGAACCCUGGCGAGGCUGCUGCUACUGCCCCUGCCUCAUAAGCUGAGACCUAUGGCGGUUCAAGCCUCUCGAUGAUUCUCUUUGUCUUCUCUUUUUUUUAUUAGCUUCAGCAACAGCGGCUGAACGAAAUGCAUUGUACAUAUGGGAAAGCAUGUAAUGACCCGGGCCAGGAAUAGGCAUAAUAAAAUAUAUCCACAUGACGCUACUGUUUAUUUUUCUGUUAUUUCUUUUUUUUUUCAAACCGAGCAGGGCUCGAAAGGCAAUCCAUCUAGUUUGGACAGAACAGAUAGCUGGCUCGCCGUCGCCUCUUUGACAAAGAGGGCACAAUCUUGGCAAAGUGCCCAAGCCAAUGAUAUCCAGAAAUGAAAAUAAUUUAUCAUGACUUACUUCCAAAUGGUCCAUCAAAGUUUUGAGGUUUUGAAAUCCCCAUGUCUCCCCUUGCCUUGGCUAAACUCGGUUGCACCGGCGAUGCUCUCUGUCGAAACCACUUGCACGCCAGAAUUGUACUCUUGCUGCAAAGCAUCUUCAAAUGAUUUGGCAUUGUACGCCGAGUAGUAGCAGUUUGUUCGGUCGACAUUCAUGCAUGCUUGCGGAAAGGUGAGCAACUGUUUCGCAAUCUUCAUGGCUUCAUCCAACGCCCGACCCUUUGCUACCACUCGAUUCACCAAUCCCAUUUGCAGUGCUUCUGGUGCUGUAACAGGUCGGCCUGUCAAGAUCAUAUCCAUCGCCCGUCCAAGACCGACAAUGGCUUGUAGACGCACCGUGCCGCCAUCGAUGAGUGGUACGCCAAAGCGACGGCAAAAGACACCAAAGACGGCAUCUUCAGCAGCAACUCGAAUAUCUCCCAGCAGUGACAGCUCCAGUCCUCCAGCCACCGCGUAUCCCUCGACAGCACAGAUGACGGGCUUCUUGACUUGCAUCCGCGACGGGCCCAUAGGUCCCAGUUCACGGCCAUUGAGUGUCUGGACGGAUGGCGGCGUUUUGUUGGACGCAGCCGUCUGUGCCAGUUCUACAAGGUCGAAACCGGCGCAAAAUGAGCCGUGUGUGCUGUGAAAGACGCAAAUCUUUUGUGUUUCGUCCUCUUCGAAUGAGGUGAAUGCUUGGGCUAACUUCAGAGCGGUUGCUGGAUUCACGGCAUUGCGGCGUUGUACUCUAUUUAUGGCAAUCAAUGUGAUGCCAUCUGUGCCUCGACGGAAUAGUACUGAUUCGGGUUCGUCAUUCGACAUUUUUUUGUAUUGUGAUGCCGAAAUACAGUGUUGAUGAAGAUGUGUUGUAUUUAAAGUAGGUUACAGCGGAAGACGCCGCCCGAGGUUGAGGACGCCCAUCCCCCGCACUACCCGGCAGUGAGAACCCGAAGUCGGCUCACGGCUUUUUGGCAAGCAUUUGCAAGGAGAUUCGUACCAAAAGAAUAACUAAUAAAGGAUAUAAACCUUUUCUAUCAACAACUUUGGAUAAAUUAUGUCGUUUCGCAUGUAGUUGGCUACCGG